GUCGAAGCCGGUCGCGUGGCGGCGUGCGUAUUAACGCUGCAUCAUCGUUAUCGUAAAUUCCUCUGAAACGGGCGACGUGGUCUCGAGCAUCGCGAUUGGCUCGCGUUGCGUCGGCUGACCGCUGCAAAGCACGCCGCUUCAACCGUACGUCCUGCACGUCCUUCAACGGACAAUCAACGAUCUGACUUCUGAGAAGCGGCCGACCACUUGUUUGACUUGCUCCUGUCGCGGCGUUCGUUGCAGUCAAACCUCACGCGUGACAAUAUCCAGCCUCGAUUUUUCGUCGUCUGAUCCCGUCUAAGAAUCCUCUGCAGAUAUGAGCACCCCGGUGGCAGAUAUCGCCCUCAUCGGCCUGGCGGUCAUGGGACAGAAUUUAAUUCUGAACAUGAACGAUCACGGCUUCGUCGUGUGCGCGUACAAUCGCACGGUAGACAAGGUCAAGUCUUUCCUCGAGAACGAAGCUAAGGGCACGAGAGUUAUCGGCGCUUACAGCUUGAAGGAGAUGGUCAGUACACUGAAGAGCCCAAGGAGAGUGAUGUUGCUGGUUAAAGCUGGCGCAGCCGUGGAUGCCUUUAUCGAACAGUUAGUGCCCCUUCUCUCUGCUGGCGAUAUCAUCAUCGACGGCGGCAACUCGGAGUAUCAGGACACCGAGAGGCGUACCAAGGAUCUGGAGCAGAAGGGAAUUCUCUUCGUUGGCAGCGGAGUCAGCGGAGGUGAGGACGGCGCCAGACACGGACCGUCCUUGAUGCCCGGUGGCAAUCCCAAAGCGUGGCCGCACAUCAAGCCUAUCUUCCAAUCGAUAUGCGCGAAAGCUGACGGAGAGCCGUGCUGCGACUGGGUGGGCGAGACCGGCGCGGGGCACUUCGUCAAGAUGGUGCACAACGGCAUCGAGUACGGCGACAUGCAGAUCAUCUGCGAGGCGUACCACCUGAUGCGAAGCGGCCUGCAGCUCACGCCGGGGGAGAUGGGCGCGGUGUUCGACGAGUGGAAUAGGAGCGAGCUGGAUUCGUUCCUCAUCGAGAUCACGCGGGACAUCCUCAGGUACAAGGACGGGAAGGGCCAUCUGCUCGAGCGCAUCAGAGACACCGCCGGCCAGAAGGGCACCGGCAAGUGGACGGCGAUCGCCGCGUUAGAUUACGGCGUGCCGGUCACGCUCAUCGGCGAGUCGGUCUUCUCCAGAUGCCUGUCCGCGCUGAAAAACGAACGCGUCGAGGCGAGCGCGGUGCUUUCCGGCCCGGAUCCGGUGUACAAGGGCGACAAGGAACAGUUCCUCGAGCACCUGAGAAAGGCCCUGUACGCCGCGAAAAUUAUCUCGUACGCGCAAGGCUUCAUGCUGCUGAGAGAAGCCGCCAAGGUUCACAAUUGGAACUUGAACUACGGUGGAAUAGCGUUGAUGUGGCGUGGUGGAUGCAUUAUUAGAAGCGCAUUCCUGGGAAACAUAAAAUCGGCGUACGAUAAAAACCCGAAGUUAUCCAACUUAUUGCUGGACGACUUCUUCGCCAAGGCGAUGGACGUGUGCCACCGGAGCGCCAGGACGGUGGUGAGCGCCGCCGUAACGAUGGGCAUACCGACUCCUGCCCUAUCGACGGCUCUGGCGUUCUACGACGGAUUCAGAACCGCCCGAUUACCGGCGAAUCUGCUGCAGGCUCAGCGGGAUUACUUCGGCGCUCACACGUACGAGCUGCUCGGCCAGGAAGGGAAGUUCGUUCACACGAAUUGGACCGGACACGGCGGGAAAGUAUCCGCUUCCACGUAUGACGCGUAAAUCCAUAAAAAAUCUCGCGGUAUUACAUUCGCCUGACAAACACGAACACACAACAUAGAGAUGCGACAAUACAAUUGUGAUAAAAAAUACGAUUGAUUAUGAAUGCAAUUUAAUGCGUUUGAUUACGUAGCUGCGACAUAACGAAGAAACGACGCGAUCUAAGUGAUUCAUACAAUUGACAGAAAUCGUGUGUGUGUGUGUAUAUUUAUAUUGUUAAUGAAAAAUAUCUGAUAUUCUCUUUUCAAAUAUUCUGUCUGUUUCUGGAUAAAUAUAUUUUUAUAAAUAUCUAUAGAUACAAAAAAGCUCGCGGAGGCUAAAAAAAAGAGAAAAUUAUAUUUUUUUAUAGAUGUUAAUUAAUGAUAAGUAUAUUUGAAAGUUUAUCUGGAGGAUUCCUUUCUGAAAGGAAUACACAUGAAUGAGAAUAAAUAAUGAGAUGUCUUUCUUUUA